AUGGACGCGGCAGAUUUUCGACAGAAAUUGCGGAUCGACAUUAAACUGUCGACGGUGGACGUGGAGGCUGUGGUGGGACGCACCGCAUUUCUACCGUGCGACAUCGAACCAGACACCAACGAAGACAGGGUCUACAUGGUGCUAUGGUUCCGGCACGCUGGCGGCAAGCCAUUGUACAGUUUCGACGUGCGCGGCAGAAGCUUCAACAAGGCGCUGCACUGGUCAGACCCCUUGGCGUUCGGCAGGCGCGCCUACUUCGUCACCAUGUCCCGACCGUCAUCGCUCACCGUCGAAGCCGUACAGCUGGACGACGAGGGCAUCUACCGCUGCCGGGUGGACUUCAAGAACUCACCAACUAGGAACUUCCAGAUUCGUCUGAACGUCGUCGUGCCUCCGCACCAGCUGUUGUUGUACGACGAAGACGGGAGGGACGUUGCCGGCGUAGUAGGCCCAUUAGAAGAAGGGGGAAACUUUACUCUCCUUUGCGAGUUAAGGGGAGGUCGACCGCAACCAACCCUUACCUGGCUUAUCAACAACCAGUCAAUUGAUGACCACACGAUACUCAAGAACGACGGCAAGGUGAUCAUCAGCAGGAUCAGUAUUGGUGGCGCGGAGAGGAGCUGGCUCAACACCACCAUUCGGUGUCAGGCUACCAACACACCACUGCUGAGCCCCCACGAGAGGACGGCGAGAGUCGAAAUGAAUCUUCGCCCGACCUCAGUGUACAUAGUGGAGAAGCCAGGCCUCAUGUCGGCUGACGCGGAGGUUACGCUCAUAUGUGUCUCUCACGGAAGCCGACCACCAGCGCAGAUCACUUGGUUCAGGGAAAAUCGAAGAUAUACGCGGGGCAAGCACGCCGAGUUUGCGAAUGAGACGUCGACGGUAAGCAGACUCACGAUGCUGCCGCAGCCAGCUGACGACGGCGCGGUAAUAAGGUGCCGUGCCGACAAUCCGGUCCUGAGGGUGGCUUUGGAGGACUCCUUCAGGAUGAGCGUUGUCUACAGACCGGUCCUCACUAUGUCUUUGGGCAGUACGUUGAAUCCCAACGAUAUAAAAGAGGGUGACGAUGUCUACUUCGAAUGCAACAUCCGAGCCAACCCCAAAGAGCACCGCAUCUCCUGGUACCAUAACGACCAACAAGUCACGCAGAACAUGUCUUCCGGUGUCUUCAUUAGUACGAAGUCUCUAGUCCUACAGAGGGUUAUGAGGAGAGAUGCUGGGCUUUACACAUGUCGAGCUGCUAACCAGAUCGGAGAAUCGAGCAGUCAAGCAGUAUAUCUGCGAGUGCAGUAUGCGCCUGUCUGCGAGCAACCGUCUCCGCUGCUCAUCGGCGCGAGACUCGACGAGUCACUGAGGGUCCGGUGCACGGUCAGCGCCGAUCCUGCUGACGUCAGCUUCUACUGGCAGUUCAACAACAGCGGUGAAAGCUUCCAAGUGUCCCCUGCGAGAUACGUGUCGACGGGCGGCACGGCUAGUGAAUUGCGUUAUAGGGCUGCCAGCGAGCGGGACUAUGGCGCGUUGCUUUGCAGGGCGACGAACGCAGUUGGUCGUCAGGACAAGCCCUGCGUAUUCCAGAUAGUACCAGCAGCCCGACCGUCUCCACCGAAGAACUGUACUGCAAAGAGGAUGAUGAGGAACGGCGAAGCCUAUCUAUCGGUUCAAUGCACCGCCGGUUACGACGGUGGUCUCUCGCAGCACUUUACUUUGGAAGCUCUCGGGGAUACAGGAAGGGUCUUGGUCAACGCAACGGCUGAGAGAAAUGAUUUAUUGGUGUCGCUGAACAUAAGCUUACUGGAGUUAGACCAUCUAAGCGAGGACGAAGCACUGGCUGUCAUUGCUCGGAACAACAAAGGUGCAUCUGAUCCCGUUAUACUCCGAGAAUUGGUUUACAGAGACGCCGCUAAGCAAACAGAGAAUACGACGCGGUCGGACUCUCGUUUCCCGGCGGCUGCUGCGUUCGCGGCGUUAGCCGCCGUUCUUACUGCGAUCGGAGCCAUCGUAGCGCUAAUAUUGAAAAAACGCAGCGACAGUGCCUCUACGAGUAAACGGCCUUCGCAGAGCGUGGUGCAGGUUGACGCAAAUGGCAGAAGGUAUUUAAUAGCCUACCCGGCCCCUGCGGACAAAAUGGAAACCAAACCGGACAUUCUAAAUCCAAAAUCUGAUAGCGAGCCCCCGCGUGUUGUAUUGGAGUCCAAUGACAACAAAAGCUACACAUUACGAGAGAUCCACAAAGAAGGGGUUUCCGAACCAUACAGUCAGCCCCCGCUUCACGAUGAUGUGAUGCCACAAAGG